GCUAUCGUCUCAGACUGAAACCUUUCUCCAUCUUCAGGUCAGAUUAAUUUCCUCCUCUCUGCUCCUGAACCGCUGUGACUGCUCUCUGACACGACGAUGAGCGGCAGCAGCGAGGACGUGAAGCCGGUGAGCUGCAGCAUCAAACCUGCCGUUUACCUUCAGAUCGGAGACGCUGCUCGUUCUGGAGUCUGUGUGGUCGACGUCACGCUGCCGUUUGGAAAGCCUGUCAAUAUCGAGGAAAUCACCUUUAAGAACUACUACACCCCCGCUAAGUGGUCCACUGCCCUGAGAGACCUGCCUCUGAUGGAGAACCCCCACACUGAGGGGGGGUCGCAGGACUACUACUCCAUCCACAGGACACAGCUGCAGGUGGAUCCUGAUCAUGUGAUGUCUGUCAGACUGAUCCUGAGGCAGCCGUCUGCAGCCUGGUUGAACUUCAGCCUGGAGGACAUAAAGAUCUACCCCCACAUGGAGCCGGAUCCAGAGAAGGAGGUUUCUGAUUGGCUGUCGGAUCUGACCCUGAUCGACCAGCAUCCUGAUCUGGAGGGACUCCCGGACCCUCAGACGGUCUCCUCCAGCCUCCAGCAGAUGUGGGCUCUGACGGAGGUGAUGCAGACCAACCAGACCACCGCCUCCAUCGGACGCUUCGACGUGGACGGCUGCUACGAUAUCAACCUGCUCUCUCUCACAUGAGCCACACAGGAGGAUGAAUGUUCAGUUUAUGUAAAAUAUGAAAUCUGCUUUAGAGCCACUAAGACGGGGUGCAGA